AUGUCUGAUAAAGCAGAUGAACUUCUUAAUUCAGCUUUGCAAGAGUUCCAAGACCCAGAGGAAGAAAAAUCAGGAAUUCAUGAGAAAACGAUCAGAGAAGAGAUGGUUGAGUUUGAGGAAAGGAUCAACGAUGACCCUGAAAUAGAAGCCAUGUUCAAUGAACUAGCAGAGGAACUUGAAUCUAACUCAGAAAUCCGCAAAACUAUUGAAAAGGUUGGCCAAGACUUAUUUAAAAAAGGUGUUUUAAAGGAAUCCAUGAUCGAUAUUCGUGGAAGGCUAAGUGAGUACAUCCAAAGAAAUCGGCACACUAUCCCUAAAAAGGAAUUAUCAAGAUUUGAGAUACAGCUAAGCACAUAUAAUGAAAUUUGUGAAGCCAUCCAAGAAAAUAAUGAAAAAAGCGCGAUGGAACUGAUUUCGAAGCUGAGCUUGUAUGGAGAGUUGCCUGAAGAGCUGACUUUGAGCAGCAGAGUCGAAUGCGUUAUUACUUAA